AUGGCUGUUCCGGCAAAGCGGGCAGCUGUAGCUUCUUCUUCUUCCUCCGCUUCUCGGUCUCGCAGGUCUCGACAUCUCGCUUUCUUUUCUAGUCUUCCUCAAUAUGUCGAUUCUGGUGACUGCACUUGGGUUUGUGAAUUCUGUGGCGCGUAUUUCUGGUAUGUUGAAAGGGUGGGUAAGUUUUCAAGACCUGGUCAUCUGAGGUAUAGUCAUUGUUGUCGGGAUGGGGGUGUAGUUCUUCCAUAUCCUCCUGCGUUUGACCACCAAUUCGUUGCCCUCUAUCAGAAUGUAACUUUUAUGAAGGACAUUAGGGCAUAUAAUAGCAUGUUUUCCAUGACUUCUUUUGGGGCUAAUGUGUUGGAUUAA